AUGUCUCUAUUGUUGACAGCAACCCCUGCCGGCCCCACGUCGGCCAGCGUGUUGGUAGUGGGCGCCGGGCCGGCAGGCCUUGCCGCCGCCCUCGCCCUCGCCCGGCAGCAGCACACGGUUCUUCUCUUUGGCGACGGCGUCUACCGCAACGGGCGGGCACGCCACCAGGUGCCGGACCACAGCCGGCCCAGCAAUUUCGGUGAGGCGGCACGGGACCACGUGCUGCAGGACUACGGGCAGUACGUGUCAUUCCGGGAGGUGACGGUCGUCAGCGUGCGGCGGACAGACGGUCCGGAACGGUUCACUGUGGUCGACGCGUCCGGCGCCGCCUACCAUGGCCGCAAGCUCAUCCUGGCCAGCGGCGUCGAAGACGUGCCGCUCCCCAUCGACGGCUACGCGGCGUGCUUUGGCCGCGUGAUUGUCCACUGCCUGCUGUGCAACGACUACCCGCAGCGCACCGGGGCCUCGGCGGGCGUGCUGGCGGUGGGCGCCUUCGGACGGGCUGCGGUGGCGCUGCACAUGGCGCGGCAGGCGCGGCAGCUGGCAGCCGUGGUGACGAUCUACACCAACGGCCAGGACGCUCUCGCGGCCGACAUGGACGCCGCUGCCAGGGCAGCCGCUGGCCUGCGCAUCGACACGCGCCCGAUCCGCCGCUUCGUCUUCCGCGGCGAUCAGGACCAGGCGCACGGCGGCGGCGUCCGUCUCGAGUUUGCCGACGGCUCGCCGCCGGCCGACGAAGCGUUCCUGGCCCACGCACCAGCGACGCGGCCCCGCGGGCCGUUUGCGCAGCAGCUGGGCCUCGCGACGGUCCCGCCCAGCACCGUCGACGGCGACAUCCAGGUGGCCUUGCCGCACUACGAGACGUCGGUGCGCGGCGUCUUUGCGGCGGGCGACAACUGCGCGGCGGGGAUGAAGACCGUGGCGCAUGCGAUGCUGUCGGGGAACGUGGCAGGCAUGGGCGCGGCGUCGCAGCUCAGCAUGCUAUAA